AUGCAUGCACAUACUGAAAUGCCUGACUUGGAGGAACUGGAUCAAAGUGCUGUGGUUGUGCACACGAACCAGAUCCCCCGUACCUUCCCAGCUGGAUACCUUUUUUCUUCUUACGCCAGCGUGUCCCCAUAUGCACAGGGCGCUUCAUCAACAAGGUGGCUAACUCAUAACCGCCAGUCAGCAGUCCGAAAAUUCUCGGAGCGGCGCACCUGGGGCGCUGCAGGUGUGCUGCAGUGUGCACACCAGCACGCUGCCAAGCGCUUGGCUCCCACCAUGCCCGGAUGGGAGACAGCUGUCGGACAGGCACUGCACAACAAGAGGGCGGCAUUUGAACGCCAGAAAGGAGCAAAAAGCAAAGUGUCCUAA